GUGCUACCUGUGCUUCACACAAGAAAAACUCAAUCAACAUGAAAUUCUUCAUUGUUCUCUUCGCCCUUGUGGCCGCCGUCGCUGCUUUCCCCGGCUACGAGGACCCCUGGCAGGGCUGGAACGCUUGGAAGCCAGUGGUGAAAUCGGGCUGGCAACCAUCGUGGCCAUCGUCGGGCUGGCAGAAGUCAUCUGGUUGGCAGCCGGCAUCGGCUGGUUGGCAAAAGUCCGGCUGGCAGCCGUCAGUCGGUUGGUCUCAGCCCUCUCACGGCUGGCAACAGCCAUCCCACGGUUGGCAACAGCACGCUCACCAUGUUGAUGCUAUCCAAGUGCCCCAGCAGCCAGCCAUCCCACCACUCCACCCCCACCCACUUCACCUGAAGGCACAUGCUCAUGUUCAGCAUAUUCCCUACCACCACGCACACCCCGGACAUCCCCAUCUCAUCGGUGUUGAGCACGCUGUCCACGAGCCCGAGGUUAAGCACAUCAUCAAGCCCGUCCACGGUCACGGCUGGUAAAUCAACAUUAUCAAUCAACAGAUCUACACCGACCGGUCCACUGGUGAUCCAUCCAUAAUCGGAGAAUCAUUUCUCCAAUGAUUUUCUCAUUAUGCUGGCUUUCCGCAUACUCGGGCUCUCACUGGUUCUGACGCAUUCCGGGAAUUAUGGAAUUCGUUGUCAACUUUGUUAUUUUUUUAAUUGUGGAUAAAGAAAAAAUAUGUGACGGCACUUGGUGGCAUUCUCUGUUCUGGAAACCAAAAUCAUUCAGCGUGGAAAUGCCGGAGGUGGAUUACAAGAGGACCUAGGACCAAGGCAACCAAACUUCAAGAGAAAGAAACACACAAAAGACACAUUUUCUGAGUCUCUAAAAUUUCCCCGAAAAAAAACCACACACAUAUAAAAAAAGAAGGAAAAAUCAAAAGGAUUAAAAAAUCUUAUGUCUCUCGUGCGGCAUGUGAUAGCGAAGAAGACAUUGUACGCUCAUUUAUCCCCCAUUGUAUAUUUUUUUUUCUCCCCACAUAUUCAUCCAGGACCUCGAGACUUUUAUUUAUUUUCUAAUAAAAGCUUAUUUUUAUGUCUUGUGAUA